CGCUUGGCCGCCGCUCCUCCCCGUUUAACAGCGAGAAGAGAAAGUUCUGACUUUUAAAUCUCCUCAUGUAGCGAUAGUGGAGAAUCUUUUCAAGCGACAAAGAAAGUUUGGACAUGAAAGUUCUGAACUGAAAAGUCACUUGAGUCUGUUUUCCCAAAGCGUGCGGCACGAUGAAGCCACUGCUGAGCUGCAGCGUCUCUCUGUGGACUCUCCUGGUCUUCAGCGCUCUCCUCAAGAUCUCCCAAGCAGAAUGCCUCAGUAUUAAAUGUAGCAGCAAUGAAACGGAAACAUUUACAACGACGACAACAACAGUCACGUUUGGAUCCAGACCAAAUUGCACCCUCUCCAUCAUCAAUCAGUCAAUCCCGAUCAAUUUCACUGAAAAUGGUUUGAUAACUGGUUUGAUUCCUGGAGUAGUCUAUCAAAUCUUCAGUAGUUGUUUGAACUGCUGUAAGGAGGCCACCACAAAGCCUGAAGUGGUCAGGAACCUCACUGUCACUGUAAUCACAACUUCGUCUAUAUUUCUGACGUGGACUAAACCAGAGGGAAACAGCUCCUCCUAUACAGUACAGUGGACCGGUGGAAAUGUAAAUGGUAGUGACAGUGUGACUCAAACACAGAAAAACAUUACUAACCUGACUGCUGGUGUCCAGUAUAACAUUACUGUUACUGCAGUGGCAGAUGAUGGCAGUACUGAAGGAAAGAAAGCCAAUAUUUUUCAGUACACAAAGCCUCAAGUAGUCAGGAACCUCACUGUCAAUGAAAUCACAACAUCCUCUAUAUCUCUGAUAUGGACUAAACCAGAGGGAAACAGCUCUUUCUUUACAGUACAAUGGACAGAUGGAACAACUAACUGGAGUGAUAAUGUCACUAAAACAAACAUACAUAUAACUAACCUGACUGCUGGUGUCCAGUAUAACAUUACUGUUGCUGCAGUGGCAGAUGACGGCAGUACUGGACAGAGUUCAGCUGUUUCUCAAUACACAAGACCUGGUAAAAUUGGGGAACCUACUGUGUCCACAAACACCUCCUCCAUCUCUGUGAACUGGACCUCACCUCCUGGUGCGGUGUUCAUGUACAGGGUGGAGUGGGAUAAUGGUGGAGCGCUGAUGAUCAGAUACACAGACAGUACCUUUGCCGUGCUAUUAGACCUGAUCCCUGGCACCAUCUACACAAUCUCAAUCGUUGCCGUCGCCGGAAACAAUCGAACAAAAGGAGAAUGUAGCACAUUCAUCUCAGUCACAAAGCCUGAAGUGGUCAGGAACCUCACUGUCACUGCAGUCACAACUUCGUCUAUAUUUCUGAUGUGGACUAAACCAGAGGGAAACAGCUCCUCCUAUAGAGUACAGUGGACUGGUGGAAAUGUAAAUGGCAGUGACAGUGUGAAUCAAAGACAGAAAAACAUUACUAACCUGACUGCUGGUGUCCAGUAUAACAUUACUGUUACUGCAGUGGCAGGUGAUGGCAGUACUGUUGGACAGAGUUCAGCUGUUUCUCAAUACACAAGGCCUGAAAAGCCUGUGGACAUCAAGAUUACAGCAAAAGGAACCCAUUCCGUGAAGAUCAGCUGGACUUUGCCUGCAGGGACAGUUGAUAACUACGUUGUGACCAUUUCAAAUGAGAGACAUACUUUGUAUAACACUACAGCAGCAUUCACUACAGCCUUUUUUACUGAUUUAUAUCCUGGGAGAAUCUUUUUUAUCACAGUGACCGCUGUAGCUGGAAACUUUAGUGAGAUGUCUGAUCAGUUUUCAUUUGCCACUGAUCCCACACCUCCUGGCUCCAUCAUCUUCAGUCAGAGGACAAACUCUUCGAUCUCUCUGAAGUGGGCGACUCCUGCUUUGAUGGAGAAUGCUCCAAACAUCAGCUACAGUAUCACCUACCAGUCUGAUGGUGGCAACGUACAAUAUAUAAGCUCCUUGGUCAAUAGCACAGCGCUGAACUCGCUUUUCUCUGGAACUUCCUACAAUAUAACUGUACAAACAGUUGGAGCCAUGAAUUUAUCAAGCACAUUUGUCUAUAAUUCUACUUUCACGUUGCCCAACCCUGUGUUGAACCUUGUAGCCAGCGCUAGUUCCACCACCUCAGUAAAAGUGAAAUGGUCAGACCCGCAGGGAGCCAAGAUGUAUUACAACUACUUGGUUCAAACCUACAAUACUGCAGGACCACUGUUUAACACAACAGUCAGCAUUAACAACAUUGAUGUACCCAACCUGGAGCCGGGAACUAGAUACAAUAUCAGUGUUACGACGAUAGCAGCAACAGGAAGUGAAUCCACGGUGGAAAAUACAUUCAGUUACACAAUGCCCAAAGCAGUGACCAACCUCACAGUGGAGAAUGUGAGCACCACGGCGAUCCGGCUGACGUGGUUCAGACAAAGUGAUCAUAAGCCUUCCUACACCUACCUGGUGAUAGCGUUCCAGAACGCCACGAUGGUUCAGAAUGAUUCGACUGAGAAUGAGACUUACACCUUCUUCAAUCUGACCCCUGGAAAAUUGUACUCUUUUCAAGUGUUUACAGUUGUAGAAGGCGUUAUGUCCGCAGUUGUAAACACAUCAAGUUACACAAAGCCUGAUGCUGUAACUGACAUCAUAGCCAUAGGAAGCACAACAACCAUGUUAGUGAGCUGGACACCAGCAUUUGGGCAGGUGGACUCCUACACUGUCCAGCUGUUCAGAGACAUGGUGCAGUCGGGGAUAACCAGCACGAAUUCGAGCAACACUACUGUUAAGUUUCAGGGCCUGACACCAGGAGUGGUUUACUGUGCAGUAGUGGUCACAAAAAGUGGACCUUUUGAGAAUAACAAAUCUGUUUGCAACGCAACUUUUCCCAACCCUCCUGGACCCAUCAUGGUGACGUCUCAGACUGUGAAGUCCAUCAACUUCACCUGGCCCAUUCCAAAUGGCAUGGAUUACAAUCAGUACAACUUCAGCGUGUCCAGCUUUAAUGGCUCCUUAAUAAGUGGAAACAACUGGUUCCUGCUGGACAACCGCCAGUCUGGAAGCCUCUACAGUAUCUCUGUUGUUACUGAAGGCGUGUUGAACUAUCAGAGCACUGCAGUGACAACAGAAAGCUAUACCAGACCAUUUCCUGUAACCAAUCUGACACAGACAGACAUCACCACAAAUGCAGUGACCUUGGUGUGGGAUCAGCCAGAGAGCAAACCUUACUAUUCAUAUGUGGUGCAGACCACCAACGACUCCAUUUUUGCGUCUGAAGUAGUCUCAAACAAACAGAUAAUAAUCACUGGACUUCUCUCUGGGAGCAAUUACAACUUUACUGUCACCACACAGACACUAGAUGGCACUAAGGCAGCUCCUGUGACAGUGUCCUACUUUACACGUCCAUAUAGAAUUGGACAGUUGAAACCUGAAACCUUAAACACAACUGCUGUACGUCUGACUUGGGAGAAACCACUGGAGUACAAGCCUGAAUACACAUAUUGGGUCAGGACUAUGGGCUGUGUGUCCCAAAACCAAACCGUCGCAGGAGAAGUCGCAGAGAUCUCAGAGCUUCCCCCUGGGACCAACUGCACCUUCUGUGUUUUUGUCAGAGCAGCAAAUGGCAUCAAAGGGGAAGCAAGCUGCACCUCCCAGUACACCAAGCCUGAGGCAGUGCAACCCCGUAUCUCCAGCCAGGGCUCCAAUAGUUCAAUCCUGGUGUCGUGGACCAAACCUCCUGGGAAAGUGGAGCGUUAUACGGUUUACCUAAACAGCAGUUCCACUUUCCUGAACUCCACCGGUACCUCUUUUCUGUUUGACAACUUGUCAGCUGGGAGGCUUUACACUGCCAUGGUAACCACAUAUAGUGGACCCUUCAAUGCAUCAUCUGAAUCCAUUACUAAUGCAACCUUCCCUAACCCUCCUGGGCCGAUUGAGAUCCUGUUGAAGACAACCAGCUCCAUUCAUGUCAGGUGGAAGGAAGCACCGCUGAUGAACGGUGCAUCAUUCUACUACCAGUUGACUAACCUAUCAGCUCAGGGAGGAACAUACAUCACUACCAACACCAGUCAUACUUUUGGUUCCCUGCUUUCUGGAACUUCUUACAACUUCUCCGUUGCAACAGUGGGUGCGAUGAAUUUUGAGAGUGAAAUGGUUCAGAUCUACAUGGUCACUACAAGACCGUUCUGUGUGACGAAUCUUAUGACUUCUACAAAAGGGGAGAACAUCACAGUCACGUGGAACAAUCCCGACGAAUACAAGGAAAGCUAUCGUUACUAUCUGACCUGGCAAGGCUCAGAUGGGCCUAUUAGUAAUAUAACAAUUCAAGAAACACGUUAUACUUUCAAUAAUCUAGUUCCUGGCAGCAGCUAUUACUUUAAUGUGACGACAGUGACCUCCGAUGGAACCAAAGGUGCUCCAAGAUGGAUUUCCAAAUGCACAAAUGCAAGCCCGGUGACAUCCCUUACAUGUACUGGGCCAAACACAAAAAACGCAGAAAUCAACCUGUCCUGGACCAAACCCAAUGGCCAAUACUCUGGCUUCCAGGUCACUGUAAACAACGACGAGAACAACUCAAUAAACACCUCCUGCUGCGAGUAUACUGUGUCCAACCUUCGUCACUAUACUGAAUACAAUCUGACAGUGGAGACUCAGAGCUGUGGACUACCCAGCACUCCUUGGUCUCUUUCCUGCUGGACAGGCAUCACAAAUCCACCCAUUCCAUUGAACUAUAAGUCACUGGUGGUGGUGACUUCCAUGUUAUACAACAAGUUCACCCUUCAGAUUGACCCUAUCCUGCUGGAUAGCACCAGUGGGCCAAUCACACAAGUUGGGGUGCUGGUGACAAAAAGCUUUUCUGGUAACAAUUCUGAUUCGUUAAAGUACGUGGAGACAACUUAUGAUCAGUGGAAGGCAGGGGAAACUCCAGCAUACAUGGCAACAGUCAACAAUCGGACACAGCAAAUCCAAACGCGCAGUGUAGAGAGCCAUCUGAACCUAGAAAUUGGAGAUGGAUCCAUAUGGAACGGCUACACUAACGGUGCUCUGGACGCUACUGGAAAUUACCAAUUUGCUAUUGUGUUGUUCACCAAACUGACUCUCCAGAACAACCUUGUGAAUGUUCAAGGGUCACUGCUAUCAGUUACAACCUUCUAUAAUCCUGUUUUACUGCCACAGAACCCAGCUGUCAUUGGCAUUGCUGUCGGAGCAACAUUGGGGAUUUUUUGCAUUCUUGUCAUCAUCCUCAUCGGCUUCAUUAUCUACUGGAAAAGGUUAUCCAAAAAAGAAUCGCCCGACAUCCAGAUACAUUCAAUGAGAGCCAAAGUAAGUGUGGCUGUGAGGGUGGAGGACUACGAAGCUUACUACAAGAAGCAGAAAGCAGACUCCAACUGUGGCUUUGCUGAAGAGUUUGAGGACCUGAAGCUUGUUGGUACAGCUCAGUCGAAAACACAUGCUCUGAUGUUGGAGAACAAGCCCAAGAACCGCUACAACAACGUGCUUCCCUAUGACUCCUCUAGGGUGAAACUCUCUAUUAUCCAUGGGAGUCCAUAUGAUGACUACAUCAAUGCUAACUACAUGCCGGGUUACGACUCCAGGAAGGAGUACAUCGCAGCUCAGGGUCCUUUGCCCAGCACAGUCAGCGAGUUCUGGAGGAUGAUCUGGGAGAAGAACGUACUGACUCUGGUCAUGCUGACACGCUGUAAUGAACAGGGACGAGUAAAAUGCGAGCAAUACUGGGAUCAUGGCACCAAGCACUUUGAAAACAUCACGGUAACAACAACCUCUGAGAUACCACUUGAAGACUGGACCAUCAGGGACUUUGACAUAAAAAAUGUGAAAACAGCAGAGACCCGUUCAGUGCGUCACUUCCACUUCACAGCCUGGCCAGAUCAUGGCGUACCACAAACCACCGAGCUCCUCAUCAGCUUCAGACAUUUGGUCAGAGAGCACAUGGACCAAUACUCCAGACACUCUCCUACUGUGGUCCACUGCAGUGCUGGUGUUGGACGCACAGGCACCUUCAUAGCCAUUGACCGUUUGAUCUUCCAGAUUGAAAGGGAAAAUAUUGUGGACGUGUUCGGAAUCGUCCACGAUCAGCGCAUGCACCGGCCCCUCAUGGUGCAGACAGAGGACCAGUAUGUGUUCUUAAACCAGUGUGCCAUGGACAUCAUCAGAUCAAGAACUGGAACCAACGUGGAUCUAAUCUACCAAAACGCCGCUGCACUCUCUAUUUACGAGAACGUAGAACGAAAAAAAGGUUUUCCCAAAAAGGGGUACCACAAUGCAUAGGCCCGAGAAACCACUCAGGUCUUCCACUUCUCUCUUUACUCUUAGCACGAAACUGAGCAGACAUUUGCAAAGGGAAUGCAGAUUGUGCUAAAAAAAAUGGUUUUGCACCCCCCCCUCUCUCUCUCUCUCCCUCUUUCUCUCU